UUUAAUUUUAUUUGUUCUUAUCAUAGAUUUUCAUAUCGUAUAUAUAUCCUUAAUUCUCUUCUCUCAGGAAAACAGGAUGCAUACCGUUUAUUAUUUUUGUAAUACCAUCAGAUUUAUAGUCUUAAACAUAAUAUUAUUCUAAGAAUUUCGGCACUAAUUUUAUUUAAAAUUCCCGGAACUAGCUAUGAAGACGUCUAGUUUUAUAUCUCCUAUAUUUAUUCUUGAUUUUUCAUUGACUUACUUCUCAAGCACAUAGAAAUUCAUUUAGAAUAAAGGUUUUUUCUAAAGAUUAUUCAUAUAGAACCAAAAUGAUUAAGGAACUUAAUGUUAUAAUUGCUGUUCUUAUUUUUCUUGGAAGUACAAAUAGCUCAUACGUGAAAGCUCUUCCUUUCAUUGAUGAUGACAAUGCAGAGAACAGAGUGGAAAGAAAUUUAACUUACAGAAUUCCGACUGCUGAUGACAUAGCACAAGCUUGGAUCCUAUUUUCCCUGAAUAAGACACUGAAUGAAGUAGAUAAGAAUAGAUAUGAAAUAUACGAAAAUGGAAAACCCAAAAUUUUUCAAGAUUCGUUUCGCAUAAGUGAAGACUGGAUGAUUAAGAAAUACUGCAUUGUUUCUAAAGCGUUUAAGAAUUGCAUGGAAGUUGGGCUGAAUCCGAUCAAAGAAAUUGAUACUCCUUUAGAAAUUCGCAUUCGAGCAAAUCCUAAGAUAAUUAAAAAAACCAAAAAAUUUGAAAAGAAUGAAAAAGAAAAGCUGGCACAGAAAAAGAAACAUAUGAAGUAUUACAAGAAUUAUGACAAAAAGGAUGACAAAUAUAUUAUGACAGAUGAAAGGAAAUUGUCUGCAAAAUCAGGGCAAACAAUCACAGUUAUUGAUUCGAGGUAUAAAAGAAAUAAACGAUCUUUUUCUCACGAAGAGUCUGAUGAACCUAGCGACAGCAGCGCCGACAAAUCAAAUAAUGUUUUCGAUUCCGAUGGCAGGGUUAAGAGAAGGCAUGAUACGAGUGAUUAUACUGAAGAAGAUUAUACCGAAGAAGAAGAAGAGUCUUCACGAAGUAUCGAAGAUCCUUCAGAAGAGGAUGAGGCUUCUCUGGAAUCUGAUCCAGAGCCUGAAGCUUCAGAGGAAUUAUCCGAUGAGGCCAGUGAUGUAAGCGAAUCAAUAGAUGCAGAUGAAAUGAUAGUAGACCCCCUCCUAGACAGCAAUCCAUCUCAUUCCAAUGCUGGAGAACUUAUGGUAGGAUCAGCAGAAGAUUCUCCUUAUCUCUGGACCAAUUGCAGAUUACCCGAUCGUGCAAGUAAUGCGGAAAUACUUUGCAAGAAAUGGCCUCAUGCAAUAUCCUGCCACCUGUAUUGUGCUCACGGCUAUACAUUUCGAGAAGGCAUCAAAAGGAAGACACAUUGUCGCUUUACUGAAGGUAAAUGGACGAAAAAGUUCGAACAAUGUCAACCAUUUAUUGAUUGUACGGUGAUACUAGAAGAGCCAGGAACACUUUCUUGCACGACACACCAUUUGAAACAAGGAACAACAUGUACUAUUUCAUGCAACCGAUCUAGCAAAGAAGAAAGCGUAGAAAAACAAAAAUAUACUUGUACAAAUGAUGGAAGAUUUUCUCCUAGCCUUCCACACUGUGCCAAUCAAGAAGGCAUCGAUGUAGUGAAGCCACCGUCUGUUACGCAGCAUCGAGAUGUUAUAUAUCCAGAUAAAUAUCCAAGUUCUAUAGAAUCAGAUUAUACUAAUUAGUUAAAAAAUUGUUGUAAUUUUUUCUCCACUUGUCUUGUAUAGAAUGCUAUUAAUAAACGAAUAAGUGAAAUAGUG